CCAUUCUGUACCUUUUGUUUCGAUAUCAACUUUUCCAUUGUGAUUGUUUCAUUUCUUUGACCAUUUGAAGCUUAAGGAGAAAAACAUCUACCUGGUUUAGUGUGGGGGCUUCCAUUUCUUUCAUAUCUUUUACUACUGACCAUGUGUGAGACUCUUUUGCUUAUUUUCGUGCAGAGGGAGAUAGCCUUUAUUGGAAAGAUAUCCUACCCUAACCUUGCCAAGCUCCUGGGAUUUUGUCGCGACAAUGAAAAUCUAGCUCUUGUUUAUGAGUUCAUGCCAAUGGGCAGUUUGGAAAACUGGCUAUUCAGAAGUGGCUCCACUGCAAGUCUUCCAUGGGAUGAACGCCUCAAGAUUAUGGUCGGGGCUGCCACAAGCCUGGCCUUCUUGCACAAUUCCUGUAACAUGAUACACAUGGAUUUCAAAAGUGCAAAUAUUUUGCUAGAUGGGUCUUACACGGCCAAACUCUCGGACUAUGGAUUGGUGAAGUCUGGUCCUCGAGGGGGCAUGUCACCUAUUUCAAAACAAGUUAUGGGUACCCAUGGCUAUGCUGCCCCUGAAUAAAUGGCAACCGGGCAUCUCUAUGUAAAGAGUAAUGUUUUCAGUUUCGGUGUCGUGUUGCUUGAGACACUAACAGGCUUGAGGGCAAUUGAUCCAAGCCGUCCAGCAGGCAAAGUUGAUUUAGUGAAGUGGGCCAAACCACUCUUAUCCAGUAAAAAAAAAGUGAGGACUAUAAUGGACUCUAGAUUGAAGGGCAAAUAUUACGCAGACUCUGCACACCAAAUAGCACAGCUAGUUUCAUUAUGCCUCCAACCGGAACCUGAGCAGCGGCCUUCCAUGUCUGAAGUCGUGGAAGAACUGAAAUCAAUAGAAGCUGCCCGUGCUAAUGGAACACUUCGGAAAGCUUGAAUUUAUUAUGUCGU